AGCCCGCCAGCACGCCAGACAUGUAGAUAAGCCCGACCCGCCACCAGCCGUGCACCAACUCCAGCAGCAGCCCCAGGACCGUCUGCAUCACCAGGUUCAUCGUCAGGUGCAUGUAGCUGAAGGACGGAGGCAGUGCUUGCAGAAGACUCAGCCCCAGCACGCCUCCGAACAUAAGUAUCCACACCGUUGCCAUGGAGACGAGGACGCGGCGAGAGAAGCAUGGCCACUACCAUCACCAAGUGGACACGAGAGAAGGGCACCAGGAAGGAUUUCGUCGACCACACCCGCAGAAGUCACCAGCGGCUCCGUGUGGUCCUCUCCAGCAGCGACGCCGCUCGGAUGAGGGAGAUGGCGGGGCGCAGGCAGGGGGAGGAGGCCGGGAGGAGGCUGGAGGACCGGGAGGAUGUCAUGGUGAGGAGGAGGAUUGAGAGGCUGAGGGCGCUGCUACAUGAUGUCACGUUGGAGAAGGAGGAGAAAAAGCAACACUCUCCUGGGCACUGCCGCGUGGACAGCCGGAGCGUGGAGGACCUGCGGGAGGAGGCAGUGAGCAGAACCCGCGCCCUGGGGAAGGUGAGAAAGUACCUACCCCCGCCUGCUGCCCCCAUCACGCCGUUAGAGAGAGGGGAAAAGAUACACGCUCAGGUUUUGAAGGCACUCCCGGUCCAGGUAAAGGAACGGCAGGAGCGGAGGAAGCAGCUGCAGGAGGAGGACGCCAUGUGGGCCCAGAGAGUGCGGCAAAACCAGAGGCUCUUUGAGGAGGACUUGGAGAGGGAACGUAGAGAGAAGGAGCAGAAGAAGAACAAAGUGAAAAAGGACCUCGAUCAGCUGUGCAAGGAGAGGGCGGGGCUGCGUCAGGAGGAAAGCAAUCUCAUUCUGCGCGGCCGUCAGGAGUUGGAGAAAAGCCACCAGGUGUACCAUCGCUACCAGCAACACCAGGAUGCACAGGCUGCAAAGGAGAAGGAGCGGAAAAGGGAGGAACUCUUGAAGGAAAUUGAGAAAGUGAAAGCAGAACGUCUGAAGGAGGCGGUGAGGGAGGAGCAGCUUCGAGAGGAGCAGCUCAGGUACUCCGCUGUGAAGAGGGCGUUUGCUAGGCACGUGAAGCAGAAGACCCUGGACAAGAUGCAAGGGAAGAGAGGACACCGCAUUGGACGAGAGGCGCCGUUGUGAAGCUCCAAUUUGCCUGUGUUUGAGAGAAGGGAUGAAGACGAAGAGAAGAGAAGUACUGAAAAAAAGUGACAGAAAAGAGUAAAGGAAGAAUGGAAAGAAAAUCAUGAAGUGUUUUAGAUAGAGAAGUACUGAAGAAAGUGACAGAGAAGAACAAAGGAGUUAUGAAAAGAAAAUUAUGAGCUGGGAUAGAGAAGAGAAUAGAAGUACUGACAGAAAAGAACAAAAGAGGUAUGGAAAGAGAAUUAUGAAGUGUUUUAGACAGAGAAGAGGUGAUAAAGCCUGCUAGGAAAGGAAAGCUAAGAAAAGAAAGGUUUUGUGAAGGUAAAUGCUACAAAAAAAUUAAAGUGAAGGUAAGCUUAUGUACGAGAAAAGGGAAGGAUGUGAAGAUUAAUUGUCUUACAUGAAA